AUUUCAGAAAGAGAAUGAACCUCGAUGACAUUUACAAUUGGUAUGAGCUUUAUCCAUUACACAUUAGGAUACUUUCACAUCCUUAAAACUAUCCAGGAAAACAACAGGAAUCUCAGCCAAGAACUGUGCAGUCCUACAAACCUCUUGAACCAAAGGCUUAAUUUCACAUCAUAAUCAAAGCCACGGCUGAGUACAUCAAGGAGAAGAUGCUCAAUGGAAAUGUAAUAUUCAAUAAUAACUUAAGGGAGUCAACAUGAAGGAGUUGGGAGCAUUCACUAUGGAAGUCAUAUCUGAUUAUGUGAAACCCCUCCAACAUUCAGGAUUCAACAUGACUCAAGACCUGGCCAUUCAGAGAGCAGACAGGAAACACGUUCAUUAAAUCAGGUACAUCAUUUUCCAAUAUCAUCUAUAGACCUUGUUUUGUUCCUGACAAUGCAUUCAAAUACUUCUUGGCUCGUUACCCAGGCAAGGAGGAAAUCACUAAGCCUCUGAGUCAGCAUUCCAUCUAUCAGAAGGGAUUUGGAAUGAACUUCUGUAAUGCUGGUCCAAUCGCAGCAUCAAGGUUAGUACAUAUUAAUUGUGAUUAAGUUAUCUAGGCAAAGAUGUUGUCCAAUCAGUUCACACUUCGUUGAUUAAGGCUAUUCAUGAUUUAACCAGACUCGGACAUGAUCUCCACAUAGACUUUGGGUUCAUUAAGAUAUCUGUGUAAAAUAGAGACUUAAAAUAUAAAUAUGAUCAAUCAUUCAUUCAAAGACUCAACUAAACAGAUUAUGAAUUAAAAGUAAAUUCUAUCACUAUUCAAGAUGCGUAAAUCUGACUUGGGAACAUCAUAACAUUGGACAACCACCUAUUAAGAGAAGUGGUCAAAGAGCACGUAACAUUUACCCAUAAUUAAUUAGACUAAACAAUUUGUUGACUAGACCCAAUCCAAAUUAAGUUUAAGAAAAUUAUGAGAAAUCAAUGGCCCUGAAGAUAAUGUCACUGGACUUGAAUACGGCCGAACAAACUAAUUACAGCAAAAAGCAAAAAGUCUAAUUACCAACACUCAAUAAAUGAAA